GUGAAAGAAAUGGUUACUGAACGAAUUAGAUUCCACUGUGAUCUUAGUAAGAUUUUCCUCUAUAUCGGCGUUUUAUUCUACAUGGGGUUUUUUGGAUGUUCGAAUUCCGCACGCGCGCUGAAACAGUGUCUUCCAGUAGCCGUCUUCAACAAUGCUGUACUUUUAACUGCUCAGAAUGCUUUAAUAAUAAAGCGGCAGCUCGGACAUCUCAAGAACCUUUCCACUUGUGUGUCGCACUGCUGUAGAAGUUCAAACUGUGAUGUUGCCUUGUUCGAUGGCGUUACAUGUUAUGGCGUGUUUUGUUCAACGGAAAACGUUUGCCAUUUUGAAACAGCACGGGAAGGACAGGGGUCAUAUCAGGCCGUGUGGUUAAAUAAUUUCUUUGCAGGAGAUGACAGAUUCCUGGAGAGAGGAGCUGGACUGGGAUCGAUACAUCCUCCAAAUUCAAAAUUAAAAGAGCCUCAGCUUUCAUUUGAAGAAGGGAGAAACAGAAAUGAAUCAAACAUCAAGGGGGGUAAAUUUAGGAAACAGUAUUAUCAUCAAAUAAAGCGGAUCUUGUCAGCGAAACGAAAAAGGACAGAAUCUAGAAUAAACAGGAAAAGGCACGAAACAAUUUCUCGUCUGAAAGACAAGAAGAUGAACAAGAAGGAAACUAAACUGGAUAAAUUUCAAAUAUUUCAAAAAAGGAAAAAGAGUUUUAAUGAUGAUAAAUGCAACAUCAGACGAAUCACAAAUAAUACCACCUUGUACUCAGGUAUGGAUGCUGGGAAAUUCAAAUUACACGGAAAAUCAAAGGGAAUUUCAGCCUGUGCAAGGCUGUGUUGUCAAGACCGGUUGUGUGAUAUCGCCGUUAUCAUGACUGAUCGCUGUUACACUGUGCAAUGUUAUAGCAUGGAGGACUGCCAGUCAAAAACGUCAGAGAGCAAAGCUCCUAAUAUUGUAAUAGCAUAUGUUAACAAUUCCAGGAAAGUUUUCAGCGAUGAGAGCAGACAUAACAGUGAAACUGAUCAUAGGAAGCGAGAAGAAAUGAGCAAGAAAACCAUGAUGCCCAAUCCUAAUGGAGCUGACAUAGGCGAUACUCUUGAAAAGAUCAAGUUCCUUAACGGCCCAUCUGUUGUAACUUCAGACAUGAAAUUCAGUUUCCUCCAGCAGUGCGCUCUUUAUGUUGAACCAGAAAACGCGACAAAACCUGUUCAUGGCUGGGUUACUCCACGAUAUUCCCCCGUUAAAUACCUUUAUCAGGCUCCCAGGGGUACACCUCCGCCUCUUGGAAUGAGAUCUGCAGUGCCACUUGGGGGAAUGGGGACAGGAUCAUUAGAGCUUAGAGCCGACGGUUCGUUUCAUGAAUGGACCCUUGAGAACCAGUCUCCAGGUGGAUCGGCCAAACUCGGCCCAGGUGCAUUGGAUAAAGCAGUCCUUGGUGUACGAGUCAGUUCGUCGUUGGGAACAAAAGCUGCCCUCCUGAGGACACACCCUCCCCCUGGGUAUCCUGGUGUGAAGGGCUUGUCAUACUCAGGUUCUUUUCCGGUGUCAAGACUUAGUGUUGAGGAUGAAAGAUUUUUUGGAGUUGAAAUGGAUUUAUUUGCUUAUGGCACUCUCCGUGCAAGAAAAGCAGAAUUAUCAUUUGUUCCUGGAGUAGUUCUUACAUUGAAUGUUAAGAAUCCCACUGAUAAGGAAGUAGAUGUUUCUUUCCUGUUUAAUAUUCCUCUUGGUGAACAACCAGACACGUCAAGAAGAGGCGACAACAUUGGAACCAGAGUUGAUGUGGUGUCUUCAGCUCAGUGUGCAGCUAUGUGCAACGAGGAUGAACAUUGCAUGGCCUGGAGCUAUGAAGAGGACAGGUGUUCAUUAAAAGAUGCAAUGCCGCUUCACGCUUAUCAGGAGGGUGUCACUUCCGGUGUCAAGGGACGAUGGAAAACAAAGGGAGAAAUGCUUACUUGUCAAAGGCCUAAAAAUUUCCCAAACAGUGGAAGUACUACACUGCUGUCAAUCAACACAAACAAACCAACAUUUGCUGUCACAGAUGACUUCCGGUCCGUUUGGGAAGCGUUUGAAUCGAGUGGAAAACUAAGAAAGAGGAUAGACUCUUCUGGCUUUCAUGGCACGAUAGCUGUAAAAGCAAGACUGCCUUCUGGUAUAAGUGAGACACUGACAUUCAUUUUAGCCUGGUAUUAUCCUUACCGAGACCACUCAGGACAAAGCGUUGGGCAGUAUUACAGCAACCUUUUCAACUCCAGCACAGAUGUAGCUGAGCACAUCCGAGACAACCUUCUAGCAAUCUUGAAGGACAUCAUUUCAUGGCAGUCCAACAUCAUCCUCUCAACACCCAUCAGGACUCCCGCAAGAAAUCAUGCUGUAAAAUCUUCUCUUCCUGACUGGCUUCAAGAUCAUCUAGUGAACAGUUUGAGUUUUUGGAGAAGUGGAUUUCGAGUGGCUGACGGCAGAUGGCGGCAAUGGGAGGCACUAGACUGUAAUGAUGUCGAUUCAGUUCACAAUGAUUUCCAGAGGGAAUUACCGUACCUAAUUUUCUUCCCAGAACUACUGGACAAUGUUGUGAGAGCCUGGGCUCGAUAUCAGCACCAGGAUGGAUGGAUACAAGAGACUCUACAGAUACAGUGGGGAUGCCAUAACCGGACAAACCGGUUAAAUACCCCAGGAGGAAGAGUCAUGGCUGAUGUCACGCCAGCCUUUCUUGCACAGUUUUACCACCUUUACCUAUGGACGGGCAACCGACAAAUCCUUCGGGAUCUCUGGCCAGCAGCUCGCAAGGCACUGAUUUGGCUCAUACGUGACAGCACUGGGGGCUCGGGUCUCCCUUUACGUAAAACGUGCACUUAUGACAUCAUUUACCUAGAGGGCUACGACCACACGACAUACAACAGCGUUAUGUAUCUGUUGGGAUUACGGGUGGGUCAAGUCCUUGCAGAUACUGUAGGAGAAACGGAAUUGGCUCGAGUGAUUCAGUUAGCGUUUGAGUAUGGAAAAGCUAGAAUAGACAGGACUUUAUGGGAUGAAGAAGAAGGGUUUUAUCACUCAUGGUGGGAUCACGAGAAAGGUUCGCUACCCUGGCUAAUGGCGGACUCUCUUUAUGGUCAGGUUUGGGCUUACGCCCUGGGUCUUGGAAACCUACUUGAUCCUAUCAAAAUGAAAAUGCAUCUGAAUAAAGAGAGAGAGCUAAAUGACACGCCCUACGGACUGCGCGUGCUCACCCAAGGGAUCAACAGAGGAACAAAGAAGACAAAUAAUGCAAAGCAAAAAUUGAGACAAAAAAGGAAAACGCGCAAAGAAGAGGAAGCCGUCGUACAUCUGGACAGCUUCUUCAGCGAAGUUUCAGAAUUUAGAGAUCCCCAUUUUAACAAACUAUCAAAUUUUACAGCGAAGAAAAGUAAGCUAAAGGCAAAAAUGCACUACGAUAAUUAUAAAACAAAUAGACAUACUGCACAUCAUCUUUCAGCGGCUAAAAAAUCAGUGAUGAAAGUCGACAUGAAAAUAAAGACAAGAAAACGCAAUGAAACAGAGAAAGGUUUGGAUAAACAAUUCAAUUCAACAUCAAUUUCAAUACAAUCCGUGACACAAAAAUCUCUCAAGCACGAUAACUGCUUCGCCCUUGAACAGGAGAGCAAGUUUAAUUCCAUUUGGAUGGGAAGCGAUGCAGAUUGGACUACUCUCAACAUCCACCUAGGAAUGGAUCCCUCUAAAGCUCUAAAACAAGCCGAAAAGGCUCUGGAACACUACAGAACUAAACUGAACGACCUGUGGAAUAUCCACGGUUUGACCGCUGGUCAGGGUUACGGCGUAGACGGUCAACCGUGGUGUACGUCGCAUUAUAGUUUCCACAUGGUCCUCUGGCAUAUCCCGUUGGCUCUUUCGGGCCAGCAGUAUAAUGCAGUAAAAGAACGUUUAAUCUUUGAACCGAAAUUGCAGGUCCCGUACGUUCUUCCAUUUUUCACUCCUUUCGCUAGCGGAACAAUUCAAGCAAGGAAGCUGGAAGAGCGAAUUAAGCACAUCGUGACCGUGACAUCCGGGAGACUGGAACUGAAGUUCUUAGCCGUAUCAAAAAGUAUGUUUCCAAACAAAAAAAUUGAACUAAGUGAGGGAGAGUUUGUAAGUUGGGAAAGAAAAUGAAUUGACCUUUUUUACUUGCUAUUUUGUAAUA